AUGUUUCUCUCUGUACCUCGAUCAACACAUGUCGCAGGGACAAAUCAAUUUGAUAAGCAUACAAAAGUUGGGCUUUACUCGGGGUUCGAUACAACACAGGAAUGACGUGGCUGCGUCUUCCAUACACGUGUGAACUAAUGAAAACGUGUCCCGUAUACAUAUAUCCGGGUUUGCUGAAAUUCUCCAAAGGAUAAAGAUGAAAUCUGUGUGGGUUUCCAUGGUGAUUUUGUUAACAAUCUUGGAUAGAACUUCAUCUAAGGUGGGCUUUCCUAAAGACCAGAAAAUGGAUAUCCUAUUUCCGCCGUAUAUCGUGCCUUCCGGUCACGGGAUUCCCGAUGGUCACCUGCGACCCCUGGGAUGGCAGAAGAGAUCCAGUGGCAGGAUCAUGGAGACACCGGAAAUGCCAAGUGCGCAUUCGCUGUACGUAAAGUACAUCAAGAACAACAAACCAGUCCUGAUACACGACGCCCUUCAGAAGGUCAAGGUCAUGUCAGACUGGGAGGACGAUAUAUACCUCAAAAGGCAAUUUGGUGAUCUGAACGUGACAGUGACCGUAAAAAGACAGGCCAUUCUUCAGGACGUGCAGCAUGAACAGCACGUGAUGAAGUUCAAAAAGUUCAUAAUGGAUUACAUGUACGAGGAGUGGUACCUCGUCACUCCAGUUCCUAGACAAAUGAUGGCUGAUCUUCCGUUGCCAGGAUGCCUGAAAUGUGGCACAUUCUACGAGCGACUGUAUGAGGCGCGGUUAUGGAUGAGCAGCGGCGGUACAUCGUCACGCCUUCACAGUCACGAGGACCAUGAUUUGCACUGUGUGCUGUUUGGCAGAAAGGAUUUCAUUAUUGUGGACGAAAAGUACAAGUGGAACUUUCUUUAUGAGGAAAACUACAAGAAUUCUGGUUCCGGUCACUCUCCCAUUGACGUAGACAAGGUGAAUAUGUUCAAAUUCACCGAUGUCUCGACCACCCCCUGGAAUCAUGCCACUCUGACGUCAGGAGAUUGUAUUCUUAUACCGGCCGGAUACUUACACCAGGUGCGAUCCUAUGGCCGUGGUAUCUCCUAUUCCAUUCUGUUUUCACCUUCGCUUGAGUACGACUCUUCUGACUGUAAGAAAAUCCUCUCAGACGACGACACAGUGAGAGAUGAAGAAGACUUGAUAAAGAGGGUUUCCCUUGCGGACGCCAAAUAUAUGUGGAUAGACAGUGAAGGAAACAGGGUUUUGAACCCUGAUACAAAAGAAGCAAGUGAACUGAAAGUUGCAUUGCUGCGUUUGUUGAGGACUAAAGAUCAUUUCUACGUUGAGCAGUUUGAACACUUUUACAAUGAUGCCAUGAAAAGGUUUGAGAAUAAGCCCCCAGCAGCAGACGUUUUCACUGUACUGUCUUCCAGUGUAGGCCGUGACUAUCUGACUAGAGAUGACAUCACCCUUCUCAGUGACGACAUUCUGGCGACACUCUCACGUGUUCUCAAAGAUGGACAAUUGCCGCUGACGGUCACAAAAAGAGUGGAGCUUUAGGAGUUCAUUUACGUGUUUCAUCAUAGUUCAUCAUAAAAUGAUGUCCGUUACAGAUGACACUUUCUCUCUCUCUCUCUCUCUCUCUCUCUCUCUCUCUCUCUCUCUCUCUCUCUCUCUCUCUCUCUCUCUCUCUCUACCUUAUUUAUCUGUCUAUCUAUCUAUCCAUCCAUCAUACAUUUCAUGUAUCAUGUAAACAAAGAAUGGAAAGCCUGUAGAAGAAAGUUCAUGUAGAAACAUGUUUGAAUCUGUCACAAUAAUUAUUCAUUUGUAUCACAUUCGGAGAUCAAUUUGAAUGUUCCCGUCCGUAACAAUAAACUAGUAUGUAUAAAAUAUA